AUGGAAGAUUCAGAUGCUGCAUCCCCUCAGCCGGAGACGCCGGAUCCUGAUCCUACUUCUCUUCAAGAGGCGAUGCAAGAUCCUGUUAAUGUUUGGCUGGGGCCUGUCGGCCCCCUCCUCCGGAAACUCCAUUCGCUCACGGCUUCCGGACACAGUCUGCCAGAUGGGAUCAGUGCGGAUGAGAUCGAUCUUCUCAGAGAUGGCCUCAAGAAAUUAUGUGCCCCCCUGCAGGAUAUGUCGGAAGACGAGGUCGACGCUAGCGUCAUGGCCCGGUGGUGGAUGAAGAUAGUUCGGGAACUUUACUAUGACACGGAAGAUCACCUGGACGAGGUCGUCGGCGCCGGCGCUCAUCUCAAUUUUUCAGAAUUUCUUGCUCGUGUGAAGGAUGCGGGUAAAAGACGCGAAGGUUUCCAGUGGUCGACUAUCAAACCAGCUGACGGUGACCGGAGGGAAGCCGGUGUCAGCUGCCUCACGUCCCCCGAGCUGCCGGUUCCUAUCUGCGGCCGUAGUAGCACAGUUGGUGUUGCGGAGCCCCCAAAGAAGCUUGUCGAUCUGCUGGCUUUGGACGACGACGACAAGCAGACACUCAAGGUGAUAUCUAUAAGUGGAUGUGCAGGUGUCGGAAAGACAACAGUUGCCAGAACCUUGUAUCACAAGCAUGCAGGGAAAUUUCAGUGCCGGGCUUUCGUGACUGUGUCCCGGAAUCCAGAUACGAGGGGGUUUCUCGCCAGCAUGCUCUCACAACUUAAGGCACAACGGCCCCAUGGCUUUCCUGAUGUGCCGGACCUUAUCGAUGCUAUCAGCAAACAUCUCCAAGGUAAAAGCUUAAAUAGCUCAGUUCGGGGGAGAGGGUUGAGUGAAGCUUUAAACAAAAAAGAAGAGCUACGAGUGGAACAUGCCAGAGUGAGGCUCACCUCGCUGGUUGAUGCGACCGCUAGUAAGAAGCCAACGCUGCCGCCGGCGCCACAGGUGGUGCCAACCCAGCAGGCCGUGGUCUCUCAGGGGUGA